UGCAGGAGUCCAGUCACUUCCACAUAUAUAUCUCUGGUCGGCUCUCAAAUUUUCACCCGUGUGAGUAUGUCGGAGUUGAGCGACGAGGCUAGUGAGUCUGAGCAGCUAGGAGCGAGUCUUUCCGUAUGGUUUGCCGGCAGUGAAAGCUCCCUCAUCCGGCCUGAAGAGUUGGACGUACCGCUGGACCUCCACACAGCCUGCUCUAUCGGACAGUACGACGUGGUGGUGGAGUGUAUCCGCAGAAAAGAGGUGGACCUGGACGGUAAGAACAUCGGGGGCUGGACGCCUCUGAUGUAUGCGGCGUACAUUGGUCACGACAACAUCGCUAACCUCCUCCUAGAGACGGGAGUUAACGUGAAUGCUAGCACGGCUAAGGGGCUAACACCGCUAAUGCUAGCCGCGAGCUGUGGGAACGAGAGUAUCGCUUUCUUCCUGCUUCAGCAAGGGGCGGAGCUGGAACGCAAGGAUGCGCGUGGUUGGACGGCCUUGCUGCACAGUACGAGCACUGGACACCAACAGAUGGUCAAAUUUCUACUUGACAACCAUGCAAACGCUAACGUAAAGGAGCCAGUGUCAGGAUUCACUCCACUGAUGGAGGCGGCAGCCUCUGGCCACGAGAUUAUCGUGCAGUAUCUUCUGGACCAUGGUGUGAGAGUUGAUGAGAAGAAUACUAAAGGUGAAACGGCUCGGGCAUUAGCCAUGAUGUACGGUCACACCAAGAUCACCAGUCUGAUAGACAUGCAUGUGAUGCAGUAUAAGGUAAUGUAAUGUAAUGUAUCUGUGUGUACAGGUGUGCUUGAGGAGUUGAGUUCAUCUGAGGAUUCAGACAGUGCUCUUCCCCGGCGGUCGGCACACACCAGGAACCGUGGACCCAGUAUUCACGACGGACCUCAGGCUAUAGCACGCUUCCGAGUCAGGCCAAAACACGAGCUCCCUGGCUAUAUGACAUUCCCUGACAUCGGCGAUCAAAACGAGGGAAUCUGUAACCGUGAUGUCACUUCCCCCAUUAAUGAACUGGACGGCCAGAGUAACAGCAGCAGAGAUGAGCUGUAUUUUGAUAAUGACAUGCUGACCAUGCGGAGCAGCAGUAGCAGCAGUGAGGGUUUACCUCAGCUAUUAGGACUCAGCCGCGAAGCAUCGCUGGAAAGCAACGAGGACUCUGAUCCAGCCAAGAGGAGCUGCCCCCGACGGACAAACAAACCCCAUCACUCCAAAGGCAAGAGUCGCCAUAGCAACAGCGACUCCGGCCAUCCCAGUGGCAGGGGGAACUCUGGGAUACAUACCCACUCAGCCUAUCCUCCCUCUUACACAGGACCCAAGGAUCUGGCGGAGUUUCUGGAGCAGAUUGGAUUCAGUAAAUAUCUCCCCCUGCUGGAGGAGCAGGAUAUUGACCUGCGAAUCUUCCUCACGCUCACAGAGAACGACCUCAAAGAGAUCGGCAUCACGCUGUUCGGGCCGAAGAGGAAGAUGACUUCGGCGAUAGCGCGGUGGCAUAGCAGCGCUCGACCUCCCAGUGACGCUCUGGAGCAGGCCUACGCCGACCAGCUGGAGGCCGAGAUGCAGGAGAUGGCCAUUCAGUUACACAAGCGCUGUGCAGAGGUGGAGAGUUUGCAGGGGCAGGUCUCUCAGGAGAAGGAGUUGCGUGCAGUGAUAGAGGGGUGUCUUAUGGAGGAGAAGAUGGCGUGGAGGAGUGUGCAGGGAGAACUGAAGGAGAACCUCAGACGAGUGCAGGCGCUCAGCACAGUCCUGGACACACUCUGCUCCUCACACACACACCUCACCAGCCGUAUCCAUGACAACAGCAAACAGGCUCCAGAUGAGGCUAUGGUGGAUUUGCUGUCUAAACUGGGGUCCUGUGAGGAGGAGCUGGCUCAAGGUCUGCGAUUGGUCUGUGAGAAUCUGCAGCGUCUCAUUGGACCAGAGAAGACAUCUGAGCGUUGGGAGGAGGAGUCCUAGCGCUGGCGGGAAUUCCUGAGCUUUACUGACGGAGGGCGACAGAAGUGCCCUGGACACACACGCGCGCGCGCGGCCGCGGCCGUCCGCAGAGAGACGGACAGCAAACAAAGCCGCUCAGCAGACACACUGGCUCCACAGAGAGGAGUGAACACAGAGAGGAGUGAACACAGGCAGAGAGGAGGAGACAGAGAGAGAGAAGGAGAGA